AUGUCCAAGGCUCAACCCAUCAAGCGUCGGGGAGAAGCACGCGCCAAGUUUGACUUGAACAUCGAUAGCCCGCAACUGCAACAUCUCACACGACACAUCGAUGAGGCCGAACAUGUCCGCAUCGAAAACUGCAUUGGUUUCGUCCAGGUCCCCGUUGGAAUCGCCGGGCCACUGCGCAUCACAGGCCCUGAUACGACCGGUGAAUACUAUGCACCAUUGGCUACAUGUGAGCCGACCUUGGUGGCUAGUUGCAGCCGGGGCUGUAAAGUGUUCAAUGCAUGCGGUGGGCUACAGUUUGAAGUUCUCAAUGAAGCCAUGUCUCGUGCACCAAUGUUUCUGUUCGCCAGUCCGGCCCAUGCGGUAGCGUUUGCACGAGCGGUCCCAUCAUUCCGAAACGAGUUCGCCCGAUGGGCCGAGUCGACUAGCCGAUAUGUUCGGCUACAGGAGCUGCAAGCUUCGGUUAUUGGCUCCAGCGUUCAUCUCUUUUGCAGCUACUUUUGCGGCAAUGCUGCGGGUCAGAAUAUGGUCAGCAAGGCCACGCAGUACGCCUGCGAGAUGCUGCGGGGCCACCGAUGUGCGAAGCAAUUCCAGAUCCAAGACUUCCUCAUAGAGGGUCAAUUGGCGUCGGACAAGAAGCCUUCUUGGGGUAACGUGCAGAGAGCUAGGGGGGUGGAGGUGCUAGCGUGGGGAACUAUUACCAAUGCUGCCUGCCAAGAAAUCCUAGGCUGCAGCACGGAGCGACUAUAUCGUACUCAGAUGGCUCUAAAAGAAGGAGGCAUACGCAAUGGCCAGUUUGGUUGCAAUAUCAACACUACCAAUAUUCUCGCCGCUAUUUUCGUGUCGACGGGACAGGAUGCGGGCAGUGUAGCAGAGGCUUCCUGGAGUCAUCUCACAUCGGAGUACGAUUACGAGACCAAGGAAUUGAAAAUGACUUUGUAUUUUCCCUCCUUACCGGUGGGUACCGUGGGUGGGGGGACCCUGUACCCAUCGCAGAAGGAGUGUCUGGAUAUGCUGGGGUGUGCGGAGCCGUCGGGGAAGAGAAGGCUCGCCGGAAUGAUUGCUGCCUUUGCAGUUGCGUUGGAUGCUAGCACAAGUGCAGCCAUUGCUAACGAUACAUUUACUAUGAGCCAUAUGAAGCUUGCCCGGGGGGAAAUCUUCGGGCGUCAGACUUCGAAGCUGUAA